AAAUUGGUGUGCAUUGAAUUACCGGUGCAAAAACUCAUGAAAAUCGAGGUUUUCAUUUUUUGAAAAAAAUCUGUUCAGAAAUUUUCAGUGCAGUUUUCAGUGCACGACAGUGAGUAAGUUUGAACAUCUGGAUAGUCUAGUCAAAUCAACGAAAAUAUACUACCAGUAUUCAUGAUUCAGUAAAGAAGCAAAAGAUGUCAAGUGCUGAAGGAAAACCUGGAGAGGGGGACUCAAACAAACCACCGUCUAGUCAAGAAACUGGACAGGAUGUCGCACCUCCUCUCAUUACAACAGAGAAAAAGGAUGUCAAAAAAGAAGAUGACAAGAAAAAAUCUAUAUUUGGUGGGAAAAAGUCUCUUGUCUCCGCUGCAAAGAAUGCUGUCGGGAAGAAAGUUGUCCUUACAGGGGAGGCUGUUCAAGCAAUGGCAAAGCAGGCAAAGGCGACAAGAGAUGAUCGUCGAUCAGCGAUGGAUGGGAGGCACAUUUUCCUGUUCCAAAAGAUUGCAGACAGUAUAGGUAUUGAACUGACCCAAGUCGAGGACUUUGUUCUUGGAGAUGAAAAGUAUGAAUUGAUUGAUGAUUUCCUUGAAGCCAAUGGCUCUAAGAAGUUACUCUUCUACUACCAGGCUGACCCAUUGAAGGAAUCAGUCCACUUCAGAGAGAUGUCAGUGCCAAACACUGUCAAUGCAGUGGCGAACAAGGAAGCGAACAAACGGCUGUUUGUUACUACAGGACUAGAUGAGGCUUUUAAAGGAAUAUGCAUCUUCUUCCUACGUACUAGCCCAGAGAAGGCUAUUACCCUAAAUAAUAUUGCUCAAGAAAUCAAUUUUGGUCUGCUAGAUUCAAAUGGAGGUCACAUUCUUGAUGGGAUUGAAAAACUCCUGAGUAGAAUGUGGGUCCCAGCUCUUAAAUCACAAGAGGACUGGGGAUCCCUUAAUGACGGUAACAAGAAUCAAGUGGUAGACUUUGUGGACCAAUUGGAGAAGUUUGUUGCCACUCUAGUGGGAGCUAAAGGCAACAUGGAGGGACAUAUCAGACUAACUGAGAAUGAGGUGGGAGACAUGCUUAGUGGAUGUACCCCAGCUGACUACCAAACUUGGUCCAAUAACCCUGACGUUCUUGAGAAACUGGAAGCUACCUUGACUACCUGGUCAAAACAGAUCGAACAGGUUUUGGCCGAAAGUGAGCAGAUGAGACGUGAAGCUGACGACAUUGGACCAACUGCCGAGCUAGCCUACUGGAAAAACAGAAUGGCAAAGUUCAAUAAUUUACUUGACCAGAUUAAGACCCCUAGAUGUAAAGUAGUUGUAGGAAUUCUUCACGCAGCAAAGUCAAAGACUCUCAUAAAGUGGAGGGAGUUGGACAGUCGCAUCACUGAUGCUGCAAAUGAAGCUAAGGACAAUGUGAAAUAUCUUUACACACUGGAUAAGUUCUUUGGACCUCUAGUCAAAUGUAACCCUUCCACCAUGAUCGAGCACAUCCCAAGCUUGAUGAAUGCCAUCAGGAUGAUCUACAGUAUUUCACAGUAUUACAACACAUCGGAGCGCAUGACAUCACUCUUUGUUAAAGUGACCAAUCAGAUGAUCACUACAUGCAAAGCCUACAUCUUGCAAGGUGUCACCAAAAUUUGGGAACACCCAAGGAGUGAACUGUUAAGGAGACUCCAGGAAUGCAGUACAUUAAAUGAGGCGUACCAGAAAUGUUUCCAGAAAACCAAACAGAAACUUCAGGACACCCCUAAAGAACGCCAGUUUGAGUUCAGUGAGAACUACAUCUUUGGAAAGUUUGACACAUUCUGUCAGCGUCUGGAGAAGAUCUCUGAUAUGGUGAACACAAUGGAACAUUUCUCUGGCCUAGGAGAGGUGCGUAUUGAAGGGAUUGAAACUAUUGCUGUACGCUUCAAGACCAUUGUGGAUGCAACCAAGAAGAAGAGCUAUGAUAUUCUGGAUCAUCGCAAGGGAGAUUUUGAUAAUGACUACCUGGAGUUCAAGAACCAGAUCAAAGGCCUACAAAACCAGAUACAAAGCUUCGUAGACAUGUGGUUCGAAAAAUCAUUAUCGAUUGACAAAGCUCUGCAGCUAUUGGAGAAAUUCGAGAAGAUUGGAGCACAGCUUGAUCUGAGUGAAAAGUACAACAAAAUUCUUCAUGAUUACGGUAAAGACCUUGAGGCUGUCCGUAAGAUCUACCAGAAGAGUAAGUCAGAGCCCCCUAUUGCCAGAAAUCUGCCACCAGUUGCGGGAAAAAUAGCAUGGGCACGUCAGCUGUACAGGCGUAUAGAGUCACCAAUGAAAAUCUUCAAAAAGAAAAGUGAAUUCUUGAGAAGCAGUGAAGCCAAGAAAAUAGUCCGUAAUUACAACAAAAUGGCUGCAGUACUGAUGGAGUUUGAGAUGCUGUAUCAUAGAGGCUGGUUCAGGGCUGUAGAUGCUGCUAAGAGUGGGCUGAAUGCCUCUUUGCUUGUCAAGCACCCUGAAACAAAGGAAAUCUUUGUGAACUUUGACCCACAGAUCUUGGAACUUAUUCAAGAAGCCAAGCAUCUUAAGAGGCUGAACCUUGAGAUUCCAGAAACAGCAGUUAUAAUCUGUGUCAAGGAGGAUCAGAUUAAAACUACUUAUGUAGGAUUGACUGAGUUGUUGAAGGAGUAUAACAGGAUCCUGGACACUGUGCCACCCCUGUUGAUGCCCCUUAUGGACCCAUACAAGAACAGGAUCCUUGAGGCAAUGAAACCUGGUCUCACCUCUCUAAGCUGGACCUCUCUCAAUGUAGACACAUACGUGAAGAACAUCUACAAGAUCAUUGCAAAUGUUGAGAAUGUGGUGAAACAAACCUCUGACAUCUUGGAGUGCAGGAUUGAUGCUGUCUUGGAGGAUAUGUCCUUGACCCCACUCUGCGAACUCCCAGAGGAAGACCCUGUGACUGUCUCACAGUUCUUAGCCAUGACAGAUGAGGCUGUGGAGUUUGCAUCAGAGAAACUCUCCAAACAAAGCCAACUGGUAGAGAAAGCAAUGAAUGACCUCAUUCAUACAUUCAAGUCUCACAUUGAUGAGAAAGAUCAGGUGAAUCUGUCUGCAGAGGAGGGAUAUACAUGCAUACACCCUGACUCUAAACAUAAGAAGCAGAGAUGUCUGGAGUGUCAGCCAUGUAGCUACUAUACACUCCUGAAUAAUUUCACACAGAGAAACACUGAUGCUCUGAUUAAAUCGACCCGCUUGUCACUUGAUGCCAUAAAGCGUCGACUUCAGACAUCCAACAAGUACAUCUCAGACAAGACCGACAGCAUUGACUCCAAGCCACCAAUGUUUAAGGCUGAUAUUGUGCUUGCCAUCCCUAAUGUCGUGAUGAGACCUUCCCUUGAAGAUAUACAAGGAUGUGUCAAUAAGUCAGUCCAGUGCAUCCUGAAAAUGUCCUGUAAUAUUCCACAGUGGAAACAUCAGGUUCUGCAACAGAAACAGCAAAUUAAGGAGCUUGAGGCUACUGAUGAUAAAAAUGAAACUGAUACUACAACAACGAAGAUCAUCCCCCAAUCUCUGAUCAAGCCACUCCACAAGAUGAUUGCUGAGCACAAAGAUGUCACUAAGAUCGUCAUUCAGCUCAACUCCAUCAUCAGCACCUUUAAGCUCGAGGUCAAUGAGGUCAUGGAGCAUUUCACUGUUUUCUCCAAAAUUUGGAACGAGGAGGCUUCUGAGAAAAUUAGAGAAUUCUUAGAAACAAAUCCAAUAUUGUCAGAGUUUGAAGAACAAAUCAAGUAUUACUUGAAUAUCCGUGAUGAUUUAGAGGAAAUCCAGCCCAGCUUCCGUGUUGGCUCUGUAGUCUUCAUGACAGACUCCAUCAAAGUUUCCCUUAUUGCUGAAGUGAAUAACUGGGUGAACCAAUUUGGCAACGCUCUCAACGAUAAAUGUGUACAUGAAAUGGACGAAGUUCUCGAAUUCACAGAUAAUCUGAUGAAGCGUCUCAGUCGACCAAUCAACGAUCUCGAUGAUGUCAGAGCUCAGAUGGCGUCACUGACUGAGAUUCGUCAGAAUGAGAUACGUAUCCAAAUGACCAUCACUCCCAUAGAAGAGGCCUUUAUUGUUAUGCAGAGAUAUCAAUUGUCCAUCAAGGACAGGGAAAGUGCUGAGAGGGUGGACACAAUGUCCUACAACUGGAAGAAGCUUUGUACUUUGGUUUUGGAGGUACAAGACAAUCUCAUUACCAUCCAGCCAAAGUUCAAGUCCAAUCUGCUGGAUGGCGUCAUACAGUUUAUGGAUGAUGUCAAUGCAUUUGUGGAUGACUACAACAAAAAGGGACCAAUGGAGGAUGGUAUAAUCCCUAGGGAGGCCUCAGAUCGACUAACCUUAUACCAGGCCCGCUUUGAUGAACUCUGGCGUAAAUACCAGACAUACUCUGGGGGUGAAGAGCUUUUUGGACUUCCUGUCACGGAAUACCCAGAGCUUCAGAAAAUUCGCAAGGAGUUGAACCUACUUCAAAAGCUGUACUCACUAUACAAUGCAGUCCUGCAGAAUGUUAAUGGCUACUUUGAUAUACAUUGGGCAGAAAUAGACAUUGAUCAGAUCAAUCUGGAACUCGUUGAAUUCCAGAAUAGAUGCCGUAAGCUGCCUAAAGCAUUGAAAGAAUGGCAAGCAUACGAGGAGCUACGUAAGACGAUUGAUGAUUUCAAUGAGACCUGCCCCCUAUUGGAGAUGAUGGCGAACAAAGCAAUGCAAACACGUCAUUGGGAUAGAAUGUCUGUCCUAACAGGACACACCUUUGAUGUCGAUUCUGACAAUUUCCUACUGAGGAAUCUCAUGGAGGCUCCAUUGUUGAAGAAUAAAGAAGAUAUAGAGGAUAUCUGUAUCUCUGCUGUGAAAGAGAAGGACAUUGAAGCCAAGCUAAAGGCUGUGGUCAAUGACUGGAGUGCUCAGACCUUCCAGUUCGCUCCAUUCAAAACACGAGGAGAACUACUUCUUAAAGGUGACACAACUGGUGAGACUGUUGCAUUGAUGGAGGACAGUUUAAUGAUCUUGGGCUCAUUAUUGAGCAAUCGUUACAAUGCCCCCUUCAAGCCCAAGAUCCAGGAAUGGGUCCAGAAGCUAACUGGCACCACAGAGAUCAUUGAGAAUUGGUUGAUUGUACAGAAUCUCUGGAUAUAUCUCGAGGCUGUAUUUGUGGGUGGAGACAUUGCCAAACAAUUACCACAGGAAGCCAAGCGGUUCCAAAAUAUUGACAAAUCAUGGAUUAAGAUUAUGGGGAGGGCCCAUGAGACCACAAAUGUUGUACAAUGUUGCGUUGGUGAUGACACUCUGUCACAACUGUUACCCCAUCUAUUG